AGGCGAAGAAAAGCAGCUGAAUAUCUUGAUUGUUAUCCACAAACCAGGAGGAUGAAGCCACCAGUAACUAAAAUACAGGAAACUCUAGUCUCCGGUGAUAAAUAAGAGUCACAACAGCACAGGAUGCAUGCAGGGCAGCUCCUUGGGCCAAAGGGAUCUGGAAGGCAAACAGCUUCUGCUCUUUUGUUCUAACAUCUGAUGUGUGUCCCCUGCAGGUCCCAUCUGUGCAUCUGGUGCCCGGGACAGCAACAGCACCGAUCCUGCCGCUCUCUGACAGACCAGACCGAAGCAAGCAUGGGAACUGCUCUUUUCUUCCUAGGCCCGGUCUUACUUUGGGGGGUGCCCUCCUGGGCGAGUGAGGAGGCAGAGGCCCUGUGCGCCCAGACUGCCUGCUACACCAUCCACUGGGGCAAGCACAACUGGGCGGAUGCCCAGGAGAAGUGCAAGAGCAAUGGAGGCAACCUGGUGACCAUGAAGAGCCAGGAAGAGGCCUUGUACGUCCAGGAUCUGCUAUCCAAGCUGCCCAGGAGGGAGGCCGGGCCAGAGGGGCAGGCGAGGCUUUGGAUUGGGCUCCAUCGGGAGAAGGGCAAGUGCUACCAGCAGCACCAGCUCCUCAAGGGUUUCAGCUGGGCCUCGGGAGGGGAAGAGACCGACUACGCCAGCUGGCUCCGGGAGCCCCGAGAGACGUGCACCAGCCGGCGCUGCGUGAGCCUGCACUGGAACACCACCGCCCCCAGCUCCUCGGCGCUGGGCUGGGCCGACGGGCCCUGCAGCGGCUCCUCCGCCAGGGCCCAGGGCUACCUCUGCAAGUUCAGCUUCCAGGGCAUGUGCCGCCAGCUGGCGCUGGCCGGGCCCGGCAGCGUCACCUACACCACCCCCUUCGGCCUGGACAGCGCCUCCCUGGCGGCAGUGCCCUUCGGCUCCCAGGCCGCCGUGUCGUGCCAGGGCCAGGCGCCGGGGCCCUUCCCGGUGUGCAAGGCGCAGGCGGGCGGCGGGUUCGAGUGGAGCAGCCCGGGCCCCCUGUGCGCCUCGCCCCGCCACGGCUGCGCCUACAGCAACGGGGGCUGCCAACACCAGUGCCUGGAGCUGGCGGGCGGCUCGUUCCGCUGCGCCUGCCGGCCGGGCUACCAGCUGGGCGGGGACCUGCUGUCCUGCUCGCCCGUGGACUACUGCAGCGCCCAGCCCUGCCAGGGCGAGUGCCUGGGCCGGCCGGGGGGCUUCGAGUGCCGCUGCCCCGCGGGCUACGCGCUGGCCGGGGACGGCGUGAGCUGCGCGGACGUGGACGAGUGCCUGGGGGAGCCCUGCCAGGAGGGCUGCGUCAACACGCCGGGGGGCUUCGCCUGCACCUGCCCGCCGGGCUACGAGCCCGCGGGGCCCGGCGGCCGCCGCUGCCGGGACGUGGAUGAGUGCGGCCAGGGCGCGCCCUGCGCCCAGCUCUGCAGCAACACGCCGGGCUCCUUCCUCUGCGCCUGCCGGCCGGGCUACCAGCGGGGCCGCGACGGGGCCUCCUGCCGGGACGUGGACGAGUGCCUGGGGGAGCCCUGCCAGGAGCGCUGCGUCAACCAGCCCGGCAGCUACCAGUGCCUCUGCCCGCCGGGCUGGGCGCUGGCACCCAACGGCGUCUCCUGCCUCUCGGCCUCCAGCCCCACCACCCCCGGCAGCGCGGCCCCGUCCCUGCGCCCCCCAGGCGAAGAGGAGCCGGCGGCUGGGGGUGGGCACCCGCCGGGCACCCACCCCGCUAGCGAGAGCCCAGCCCCGCGCUCUGACCCAACCACCCGAGCCCAGCCAGGCGGAGCAGAGCCGAGCACCCUCCAGCCGGCUGCUGUCAGCCGCGCGGCAGGGGCUGGGGAACCUAUGAUGAAGCCCGACGCUGACCAGGCCACCGAUGGCCCCAAACUGCUCCUGUACUAUAUCCUGGGCAGCGUGGUGGUUAUCCUGCUACUGUUGGCUUUUGCCCUGGGCUUGCUCAUCUAUAGGAAGAGGAAAGCCAAGACGGAAAAGAAGAAAGCCAGGAGUACCACAGACAACUACUGCUGGGUGCUUGAGCAGGCAGAGAAAAAAGCAGUAGCCAAUGACUACAGGUAAAGGCAGGAGUCUGCAGAAAGGGUAGCCUGCUUGCAGGGACUAGGGUAGCAUCAGGGGUCUCUGGAGAGAGGGAACACUAAACUAAGGGUUAAUGUGUGCAGCAGAGAAUGUUUCCCAUAUUAUAUAAAAGGAUGCUUUCAUUAUGUGACUUAACUUUUCACUUUAGAACCUGGGGUUUGGCAUUGUCUAAGUGUCAGAGGAACAGUCAGUCUGCAACUUAGAUCAAGAUCCCAAUGCUGUUCCCACUGAAAUCAGUAUCAAAACUCCCACUGAUUUUAAUAGGACAAGGACUAGGUCCAGAGUGAUAUGUUGCUUCUGAAAAAUAAAAGCAAUCACAUCAAAAAGUUUAUUGGAACUUUCAAAAAGAUAAACAUCUUUACAAUCAGAAUAGUCAUGGCCCUGAUCUUACAAACACUUGUGUACGUGACAAGUUUCAGUGGUAGCAGCGUUAGUCUGUGUCAGCCAAAAUGAGGAGUCCUUGUGGCACCUUAGAGGCUAACAAAUUUAUUUGGGCAUAAGCUUUUGUAGGCUAAAGCCCACUUCAUCAGAUGCAUGGAGUGGAAAAUACAGUAGGCAGGUAUAAAUACACAGCAUGUGAAAAGAUGGGAAUUGCCUUACCAAGUUGGGGGGGGGGUCUGCUAACGAGCCAAUUCAAUUAAGGUGGAAGUGAGCUAUUCUCAACAGUUGACAAGAAUACCAAGGGAGGAAAAACAUCACUUUUGUAGUGCUAAUGAGGCCAAUAUAAUCAAGAUGGCCCAUUUCAAACAGCUGACAAGAAGGUGCGAGUAUCAGCAGGGGGAAAUUAGUUUUUGUAGUGACCCAUCCACUCCUAGUCUUUAUUCAGGCCUAAUUUGAUGGUGUCCAGUUGAGAAAGCAUAAGAGGAUGCAAGAUCAAGAAGUUAGGAAAAGGUAUUUGAGGAGGAAUUGCCCAUCUGUGGUCACUUAGGAUAGAAAAUAAUCCCCUCUUUCAAAAUACACUAAUAUCAAAACCCAAACCAUGCCUGUUUUCCAGUUUUGCCAUUUACUUCAAUGGAGCAGCACCAUGCCUAUACAGAGUACAAAAGGUGCUAAAGAGGAGUAUGGAUCUGGUUACAAGGGUACAUAUUUUUCCUGAAAUACCCACCACCUUUAUAUUCUUGCAGCUUUUAUUGUAUACUUGAGGCCACAUUGGACAGAAAUGUGAACUUAACACAAAAGAGUUAGCUGUGAGCCUCACAGCUACAUCCUGUUCUUUUUAGUGUGUGGAGGAAAACCCUUUCCUGCUGUUUUUCUUCUCCAGUUAGCCAUUGUAGUAAUCAAGAAAACAGGAAAAUGUAGCUUCUAGCAGCUGUAAAUGUUUUGAAUAGUUUGUAUAUGCUUCCAUUUCUCUGGACAAUAGUUGAAAGAAGCAGUGUACUCAUCCCUGGUUUGUUGGGAAGACCUGCAGAAAAUUCAUACUAUUUCUUUGUUCUGACACCAAGUUUGUCAAGCAUGUAAGCACCUGAGUAACUUUAAGCAUCUUUGUAAUCCCAUCAAUAGGACUAAAAUUAAAGUUAUGCAUGUGCUUAAAUGCUGUGCUGUGUCAGGGCCUGUAUGAACAGUCACACCAACAAACUUUAAGAUUCUGAGAUUAUUAGCUUUGCUUUGUGUCAUUUUCAAAAUUUUUCUAAUCCUCAGUCUUUCCCCAUUCAUUUUAUGGGGGAAGGUAUCCAGGUAUUUCCAUGUUCACUCUGUUCACCCAAAAUAAAUGGGAAACUAGAAAGUAUAGGUGUGGAAUCAUAAAGCCAGUGUAAAAUCUCACAUAUUCAGAAAGGUUAAUAGUUCAAUCCAUAAUCCUGAGUUUUUAGUACUAUAUAAAUUGUGUGUAUUCUGGUGUGACUCACAGGAUUAUGAGUAAAAAAUUCUAAUCAGUUAAGGCCACCAAAAAACAUUGAUUUGCUAUGUGUGUAGGUUUAGCUUUAACUGCCCUUCACCUCACCAGGUUAAGCCUCUUGAGGCCAGUUUCAUCUCAGUGGAAUUAUAUCAAUGAUGAAUUCAGCCCUCACCUGCUUUUUGCCAUGAAUCAGUUUUCUUGAUUCAGGGCUCAGUGCAAAGCCAAUUGAAGUCAGUGGGAAGACUCCCAUAGAUUUCAUUGGGCUAUGCAUCAAGCCCUUGAGGUGAGUAGGAAUGGCAAAGAAACAGAUUAUGACAUCUAAAUGAAGAGUCAGGAGAUCCUAAAUGUUGAUGUGGGCUCUGUGUGUAUUUGCUCUGUGGCGUUGGGCAAGUAACUUCAGUUUCCUCAUCUGGAAAUGGGGAAUAAUAGUGUUUACCUGGUAACCUCAUGUGGGCAUUGCGAGGACUGAUUUGCUAACACAUGUGAAAUGCUUUAAACACAGCAAGUGCUUUGCACGUGUUAUUAUAUUCCUGUUGUGCUGGGGUUGUAUGCACAGACCUCCUCAGUGCUAAUGGGAAUUACCAGUGCUUAAAGUGCAGCAGGUUUAAACACAUUACAGGCCCAGGAAAUACAAUUGCUAAGAAGCCAGCCAGCUUGCUGAGAUGCUCAAAUUUUUAGUACCACCUGAGGAAUGUCCUCAUUGGUGUCUUUCCCCACUUGCCCACCUUUGGUGAAGAGCAACUAAUCUGAGCAUUUGGAGGAAGCAGACACGAGUCGUCUUCUCUUUCCCUUAGCAACCCAGUACCAAUCUCACAGGAUGCACAAGGGGAGCGGAAAGACUCCAGCAGCUCAGAGCAGCUCAGAUCCUUCCUUCCCCCGCCCCUCUUGUGAGCAAUAGGACAGCUCCUCCCCAUCCCAACACCACCAGGCCUGGGAAGGGAUACACAAGGCUCUCAGCGCAGCAUCUCCCUCCCCUUUCCUCCAGACCAGGGUGAAGAAUUCCAGGAGAUGCAGGAGGAACAGAGGUGAGGCUGGGUGUGCAGAACUACUGGGGGCAGGCAAAUAUGGGGAGAUAAGACCUCCCCACUUUUUCAGAUCCUUUUAAUCACUGGUAAUUCCAUGUGGCUGCCCACAUGUCGAAAUAAUACAUGCCAAAAAAAAUGUCUGUCCGUCACAGGUAGCAGCAUCACAGGUGCAUCAGUGUUACAUUUGUGUGUGAUGAUAUUACAAGUGUUCCUAAGAAGUGUUUUCCUUUUUUAACUUUAACACUGUAAAUAGCAUUACCUCAGUGGAUACGUUGCUAUUCUGAUGGAAGCAUGUACAAAUAAAAUCCAGAUGAAAUGUGUCAUUGAUGCUUUGAAAUAAACAUGAUGUUAAUACUUAUUGAUGCAA